AUGGAAAUGCCAGAUUCAUCUGAGGAAAUUGAUCAACUUGACGUGGAGACAGCAGAAGAUCAGGCAACUGAAAUUGCCACCGAUGAUGUACCUCCCGUCGAGCAACAACGCUUA